AUGAAUAACAUGUUUAGCAUCAGUUUAGUAAUUGUCUUUUCUCUCAUUGUUGACAGAGCUACGCCGUGUCCAGUGCGUCCACCUCCCGAGGCGACGAUGCAGUCAGCACCUUCAGGAGGCUUCAGCCUGUACCCGCGGGCGCCCGUGUCCGUGGUGCCGCCCGCUCUCCUCACCUACCAGAUGCUCGCCUCACAGCCCCCGCGGGAUCCUCCGCCCACCUACCCUCUCCUGCAUUCCUCCUUUUUCCUCCCCAUCCACCACGGCCGCGGCCCGGCCCUCUCGCCCCACUCGCCGAAGGAGGGGGAGGAGAAGGCGGCCCUUCCGCCCUCCCCGCGGGCGCAGGCCACGGGGGACUCGGCCAGGAGCUCCCCCGCCUCCUCGCCGCGGCUCCCCGCCACCUGCGCCUCCCUCAAAGUCACAGCCGUCAUCGACGCGGCGGCGGACAUGCCGACCGCCGCGGACGUCGCCGAGCUGAGGCUGGGCAGACGGGCGGACGCCGAGGACGACAGGAGAGAGCUUCCGCUCGACCUCACGACCAAGCGGAGGCUGGAGGGCGAUGACGGCGCCGUGACCUCCAGCCACUCCGACGGCGAGGCCCCCGGGGCCACGAGCGACGACAGAUUCCGGUCGGAGAAGCCCGAGAGCCAGGCGGAGGCGGUGAGGCCGAAGCCCCGCCAGGACCAUCCCUUCCUGAGAAUAAGCGACCUGUUGAAAGACUCGCCGUCGACCACCUCUACGCCGCCGACGACGCCGCCGCAGGUGCAGAGUGAGGCUCCCGCGAAGCUGCCUCUCGUGUACCCGCGCCCUCUGCACCCCGCGACCCUGCUCGACAUGUACCGCUCCUUGGACCGCAGCGCCCUCCCCCCGUCACUCCCGCGCGGUCGGUCGGCCUCGACUUCUUCAAGAGCCACCCUCCCGGCCGCCCCUCGCCACUACGCGGACCUCGUCCGGCCCUACAGCGAUCUGCUGGCGCCGCACGCGACGCGCAGUGCCAAGGACAGGUACACGUGCAAGUUCUGCGGCAAGGUGUUCCCGCGCUCGGCCAACCUGACGCGGCACCUGCGGACGCACACGGGCGAGCAGCCGUACAAGUGCAAGUACUGCGAGCGCUCGUUCAGCAUCUCGUCCAACCUGCAGCGCCACGUGCGCAACAUCCACAACAAGGAGAAGCCCUUCAAGUGCCCGCUGUGCGACCGCUGCUUCGGCCAGCAGACCAACCUCGACCGCCACCUCAAGAAGCACGAGGAGGAGGGCCCCAACCCCCCCGACUCGCCCGAGGCGUCGGAGAUCCCCGACUCGAGCGUGGCGUCCAUGUCGAGCAGCAGCGCGGCCGACCUGGACGCCGAGAGACUGGACGUCGACACCGACGAGGAGAUCAAGCUGGAGAUCACCGCGGUGCCGGCGAGCCUCGUGGCCGGAAGCUGCGGCGCCGACGACAGCGCGCCCGACCAGCUGCUCGCCGCGGCGCCCGACGAGCCGCCGGCGAAGCGCUCCCGAAUAGAAUAGCGCUUCGUCCCGGGAUUCGCUUCACUCAGUUAGACCUAGUCCUAGAGUCCUUUGUUUAGUCCGACGCCCUUGUUUGUUGUUUGUUAAUUUGUACAGCUGUACAGUGACUUGCAAAUCGGUAAAUGAUUCAGACGUGUCUAGUCUAUUACAAAAAAAUAAAAAAGGACAAAAAAAUAACCAGAGGGGAAUCUAGAAUCACCUUCACUGCCAAGUUCGACACAAAGUAAUCACUAGACAUUAAAUUGUGCACUUGAAUAGAUAACAUAUUUUUCUAUAUAAUCUAGUCAUCAUAAGUACCUCACCAAAGACCAUUUUUUUUUUGUUAUCUCGGAGGCUAUCAAUCGCGAUAAUAAAUACAGACAGAACCGUGAAUAAAGUCUGUAUUUUGUUCUAAAAAAUUCAUCCGUGUCCUAACCUGACCUUUUAGUUUUAA